AUGUCUGACACGAAGGCCCUGAUUGACGAGAUCGCGAGGCUCUUGCAGCAGCUGCGAGACGCAGAUGCGGCGCGCACCCAGGCACUGGAGAGCAGGGCUCAAGAGAUUCGAGCGCUGCACAUCGAGACUUACGAACUAGGCGAGGAGCUGGCCGCGAUGCGCAUCAUACUCAACCAAGUAGCGCCCGACAGGCUGGUUCAGCACGACCGCGAGUUCAGCGUCCAGAUGAGGUCGGCCGUGGCCGCGGCGGAGGAGCUGGCCCGCGCGCGGGCGGCGGGCGCGCGCGUGGUGGACCUGCGGCGCGGCGAGGAGCGCAGCGCCGGUCAGGUGGCGGCCGGGGCGCUGCACCUGCAGUGGGACGGGGAGGCCGGCGCGAUGCCCACGGCGGGGCUGCCGGACGACAAGGCCUCCACGAGCCACCGCCAGGGGGCGGUGCCCACGGCGGCGCCCAUCAUCCUGCACUGACAGGGCGGCGGGCGCGCCACGCAGGCGAAGGCCUACCUCGAGGGGCUCGGGUACACGCGGGUGCUGAACGGCGGGGGCCCCAAGGUGGCCGACUGCUGGGCGUGCUACAGCGGAGAGGAGUAGAGCCGCUGGCGCCAGCACGGGGGCGCGCCCCAGCGGCACCCGGCCGCUGGCACCCAGGCAGGUUCAGCGGGAGGCCAGGCGACCUUCAGGGGCGCCACACCGCGGCGUUUGGCUUCUGGGCCUCUG